AUGGGCUUGUGCAUCUUCUCGGGCUUGAGCCUGUCGUUUUUUUUUUUCUUUGGCAAUGUACUUUUGUUCUUUUUCCUUUGUCUGGUUCUUGUUCUUUACGCAUUCCUGGCGGGAUUAGUGGGAGUGGCGUGUGCAUGCGUGUUUGCGCGGAGACGCAUGCCGUUAAUGCUCUCGCGCCGGUGGGCACAAGUUUCCACGCGCCACAUCUUCGGGCGACCGCUGCCUGGAUUGCAGGAAACGGGCAUGUGGAACUUGGCGUAUCAUGUGCCGCGGCGCACGUUUCUCGUCCGCUUCCACGAGACACCAAACGAGGCAUGCUACAAGUUUUUCAUUGACGACGUGGAUUUUCUUCCGGCUGACAACACCGGCACUUUGUGCUUUGAUCUCGAGAACUGUUUUCAGUCACCGUUGGCGGAGCUGAUCUUGCAGAGUUUGCCGAUAGUAUAA